CCGGCGCUCCCCCAGCGCGGCGGCGGCCAUGGCGGCGCGGGGCCGCUGCCCCGAGUGCGGCUCGGCGUCGCUGGUGGAGGACGCGCACUACGCGCAGCAGCAGCUGGUCUGCGCCGCCUGCGGCUGCGUCCUGUCCGAGGGGCUGCUCACCACCACCUACACCGACGAGGAGCAUCUGCGGGAGGUCGCCUAUUCCCAGAGCACUGGCCAGAAGGAGCAGCUGAGCCGCUGCCUGCAGCGAGGGAUCCGGCGGGUCCAGGACCUCUGCAAGGUGCUGCAGCUGCCAGCCACCUUCGAGGAGACAGCUGUGUCCUACUUCCAGAGAGCCCUGCAGCUCCCUGCCUUCCACCUGGUCAGCCUGGAGAAGAAGGAGCUGCUGGGGGGCUGCUGUGUGCUGGUGACGUGCCGGCAGCACCGCUGGCCCCUGACCAUGGGCACCGUGUGCUGCCUGCUCUACGCCAAGCAGGAGCUGUUUGCCAGCAUCUUCCUGAGCCUGCAGAAGGAGCUGGGGCUCUCAGUGCCCGCCCUGAGCCUGGCAGACCUGGUGACAACACACCUGAGCAGCUUCCGGCUGGUGCAGCCCACAGCCAGCGUCCCUGCGCCCUUCCUGGAGGACAAGGACAAGCUGCUGGCCAGGACCAUGGCCAUAGUGGAGCUGGCCAGCGAGACGUGGCUGGUGACGGGCCGGCACCCGGUGCCCGUGGUGACGGCCGCGGCGUUCCUGGCCUGGCAGUCGCUGCGGCCCGGCCCGCGCCUCUGCUGCCCCUUGGCACGGUUCUGCCGCCUGGCAGGGGUGGAGCUGCCCCCCCCGGCCCGCCUCAGGCUGAGGGAGCUGCUGGAGAUCCUGCUGGGAAUGGCCUCCCAGCUCUCCUGGCUGCGAGCCUUCCGCCUGGACAAGAAGACGGUGGUGAAGCACAUCGGGGACCUGCUGCAGCACCGGCUGUUCCUGCUGAAACGCGCCUUCAGCCAGCACGACGGGCAGGAGCAGGACGUGGGCCUGGACCCUGGGAGCCAGGACUGCCAGGGCUCUGGGAGCCAGGACUGCCAGGGCUCUGGGAGCCAGGGCUCUGGGAGCCAGGACUGCCAGGGCUCUGGGAGCCAGGGUUGCCAGGACUCUGGGAGCCAGGACUGCCUGGGUAAGGACUCUGUGAAUAAGGACUCCCCAAGCCAGGGCUCUGGGAGCCAGGGCUCCCUGGACACGGACUCUGUGAAUAAGAACUCCCUAGGCCAGGAUUCUAUGAGCCUGGGCUCCCUGGAUAAGGACUCCCCAGACCAGAACUCUGUGAACCAGGGCUCCCUGGAUGAGGACUCUGUGAAUAAGGAUUCCCCCAGCCAGGGCUGCCCAGGCCAGGAUUCUGUGAGCCAGAGUUGCCCAGCCCAGGGCUCUGUGAGCCAGGGCUCCCUGGAUAAGGACUCUGUGAAUAAGGACUCCCCAGGCCAGGACUCCCCUGGCCAGAGCUGCCCAGCCCAGGGCUCUGUGAGCCAGGGCUCCCUGGAUAAGGACUCCCCUGGCCAGAGCUGCCCAGGCCAGGCUCCCCCCACCUCUCCUGCACUGGCACAGCAGCGGGGCAGUCCCUGGGCGGGGAAGCAGCAGCGUGGGGGCCCCCUGAGGCCCCUGCUGCCCCCCUGCCUCAUCCACCCCAGGAAGAGGCCGCGGGUGGCAGCUCCGAGCGCCGCGGCCGUGACGGGCGACGAGCCCAUCUCAGACAGCGAGAUCGAGCAGUACCUGCGCAGCCCCGAGGAGAUCCGCGCCCUCAGCAGGGCCCAGGCCUGGCUCUGAGGGUGGCCCUGGCCCAGAGGGACAAUUUGGGGACCAGAAGUGCUGAGCCCAGUGUGGUUGUGCUGCAGGGAACAGGGAAUGAGGCUGUGGGGAGGGAGCUGCGUCCUCCUUAAUGUGCUGGACCAAAAUGGGGCUUUGGAUGGAGUGACUGCUUCAGGUCGUGUUACAUUCCUGUUUUAAGUAAAUAAAAGUGCAGGUGCCAGGUUUUCCAGGGCAGCCUCA